GGCUGCGGGAAGAAGGAAAGACUAGUGCGUGGUGGCACCGGCGGAGGAAACGGGGUUGGUGCUGGGAGAAGACAGUCCUCUUAAGGGAAAGCAGGCCCCAAGGCACGAGGAGGGAUGCUUGAGAAAGGCAAUGGCCCCGUUUUUCUGUGCUGACUGAUGACCCGACACCCAUGGGAAAAGGUCACUGCUGGACACCUGGAUUGGGUCUGACAUGUACAGAGGAAGCAGCUGUUUUACCAUCUGCCUGUUGUUCUACCAUCUGAGCACCCUGACUGUGCCACCCUGUAGGCCAUGGAGAAUGAGCUGCCAGUCCCACACACAUCCAGCAGUGCCAGUGCCACGAGCAGCACCAGUGGGGCCAACAGCAGCAGUGGCUGCAGCAAUAGCAGCAGUGGUGGCAAUGGCCGCCUCACUGGGCCCCAGAUUUCUGUGUACAGUGGAAUUCCUGAUCGGCAGACUGUGCAGGUAAUCCAGCAGGCCCUGCACCGGCAGCCCAGCACGGCAGCUCAGUACCUGCAGCAGAUGUAUGCCGCUCAGCAGCAGCACCUCAUGCUGCAGACAGCAGCCCUGCAGCAGCAGCAGCUCAGCAGUGCCCAGCUCCAGAGCCUGGCAGCCGUACAGCAGGCAAGCCUGGUGGCCAACAGACAAGCGAGUACUUCUGGCAGCAGUGUGUCUGCACAGGCCCCAGCCCAGUCAUCUUCGAUCAACCUGGCAGCCUCCCCAGCAGCAGCCCAGCUCAUCAACCGGGCCCAGAGUGUCAAUUCGGCCACAGCCUCAGGCCUUGCCCAGCAGGCUGUGCUCUUGGGCAACACAUCUUCUCCAGCCCUGACUGCAAGCCAAGCACAGAUGUAUCUCAGGGCACAGAUGCUCAUCUUCACGCCCACGGCCACCGUCGCUACUGUGCAGCCUGAGCUCGGCACUGGCUCCCCCGCCCGGCCCCCAACCCCUGCCCAGAACCCUCUCUUCCAGGUACAGAACCUGACCCUCCGAACACAGCAGACACCAACUGCAGCAGCCUCGGGCCCUAUCCCCACUCAGCCUGUCCUGCCCAGCUUGGCCCUGAAACCCACACUGGGCAGUAGCCAGCCUCUGCCUACCCCAUCACAGGGCAGAAACACUGCUCAGGGCUCCCCUGCAGGUGCCAAGGCUGGCAUGGCUGACAGUGUGAUGGAGCCACUCAAGAAAGGAGAUGGCAACAGCAGCCUGCCAGGGAACAUGGAGGGCCGGGCUGGCCUCGGCCGGACAGUUCCUGCUGUGGCCACCCACCCCCUCAUUGCACCAGCUUAUGCUCAGCUGCAGCCACAUCAGCUUCUCCCACAGCCAUCAUCAAAGCACCUGCAGCCCCACUUUGUGAUCCAGCAGCAGCCGCAGUUACAGCAGCAGCCCCAACCACCACGGCCUGUACCCCAAGCCCAGGCCCAACCCCAGCUCGCCUCAGUCCCCCCAAGUGUGGCCCUGCAGCCCAGCCCAGAAGCCCACACCAUGCCACUAGGCCCAGCUACACCCACCCUGCCACUCCAGUGUCCCGCUGCCCAUCUACACAAGCCCAUAAGCAGUCAGCAGUGUCACCCUUCCACGCCUGACCCUGGGCCUCAGAAUGCACAUCCCGAGGACAUGUCCCACACCCCUCAGCGCAGAUUCCAGCACACCUCAGCUGUCAUCUUACAACUACAGCCUGCUUCGCCAUUGCCUCAGCAUUGUGCCCCUGAUGACUGGAAAGAAGUGGUACCUGGGGAGAAGAGUGUGCCUGAGACUCGAUCCUGUCCAUCACCACACCAGCAAGCCAUUGUCACUGCCAUGCCUGGUAGCCUGCCUGUACCCAAGAGCCCUAACAUCCAGCAGUCCCCAGCUCACGAGACAGGGCAGGGCAUUGUUCAUGCACUGACCAACCUCAGCAGCCCCGGCAUGACCUCAGGGAACGGAAAUUCUGCCUCCAGCAUCGCCGGCACUGCCCCCCAGAAUGGUGAGAAUAAACCACCACAGGCCAUUGUGAAACCCCAAAUCCUGACGCAUGUUAUCGAAGGGUUUGUGAUCCAGGAGGGGGCGGAGCCUUUCCCGGUGGGACGCUCGUCCCUGCUGGUGGGGAAUCUCAAGAAGAAGUAUGCACAGGGAUUCUUGCCUGAGAAACUUCCACAGCAGGACCAUACCACCACCACUGACUCAGAGAUGGAGGAGCCCUACCUGCAAGAAUCCAAAGAGGAGGGCACUCCCCUCAAACUCAAAUGUGAGCUCUGUGGCCGGGUGGACUUCGCCUACAAGUUCAAGCGGUCCAAGCGCUUCUGUUCCAUGGCUUGUGCAAAGAGGUAUAAUGUGGGAUGCACCAAGAGAGUGGGACUUUUCCACUCAGACCGGAGCAAGCUGCAGAAGGCAGGGGCCACAACCCACAACCGCCGCCGGGCCAGCAAGGCUAGUCUGCCGACACUCAGCAAGGAUACCAAGAAGCAGCCAACAGGCACUGUACCCCUUUCAGUUACUGCUGCAUUGCAGCUGACACACAGCCAGGAAGACUCCAGCCGUUGUUCAGAUAACUCAAGCUAUGAAGAACCCUUGUCACCCAUCUCAGCCAGCUCCUCCACCUCCCGCCGGCGACAAGGCCAGCGGGACCUGGAGCUCCCUGACAUGCACAUGCGGGAUCUGGUAGGCAUGGGACACCACUUCCUACCAAGUGAGCCCACCAAGUGGAACGUAGAAGAUGUCUAUGAAUUCAUCCGCUCUCUGCCAGGUUGCCAGGAGAUCGCAGAGGAAUUCCGUGCCCAGGAGAUUGAUGGGCAAGCCCUGCUGCUGCUCAAGGAGGACCACCUGAUGAGCGCCAUGAACAUCAAGCUGGGGCCUGCCCUGAAGAUCUACGCCCGCAUCAGCAUGCUAAAGGACUCCUAGGGCUGGCGGGGCAGUGGGGUCUGGCCCUGGGCUCCCAGAGGAGCACAGCCAGAUAAGACAUUCCUGAGGGGCCCGGAGAUGGGGCCAGUCAGAGGGAAGGGCCUCUCUGUAGGGGCGCAGCUGGUGAGGAGGUCCAGGUACCUCCUCAAUGGCUCUCAGGGGCCUUUCAUUUCUUGGAGGGGGGCAGAGAGGCAGGGGGCGUAGAAGAUGGGGCUUUAUGCUUGUAAAUAUUGAUAGCACUGGCUUCCUCCAAAGUCCCAAUACUCUAGCCCCGCUCUCUUCCCCUCUCUCUGUCCCCCAUUUUCCAGGGGGUUUAUGGUCAGGGCUCCCCAACUUGAGUUGGGUUACUUCUGAGGGCAGCCAGCAGGCCUGGGUAGAGGCCUUGAAAGCCCUUUCCUUCCUUCCCACCUCCUUCUCCAGGCCUGAUUAACCUUCCGUUGCCAGCUUCUCCCCCCUCAGCCUGUUUUGGUAGCAACAGGGACAUCUCCCUUGAUACCCUCUGCAGGUGAAGAGAAGCUGGGCCUAAUUUGGCCAUGCCUGCUGGCAUAGACGCCUUAACGCUGUGUGUGUGACUGUGUGACUGCGUGGGAGCCUGGACUGACAGGCCAUGAGCUGCCCUGUGGCAUCACCAGGUGUUUUGUAGCAAACGGCCACUUAGUGCUUUGUCCUAGACUCCACUUGGCCUGAGGAUGGGGAAUAGAAAAGAAGGGCGGCCUCCGUGGGGAUUAGAUUUCCUCUGCAGACAUGUCAAGAGGUCUCUGAAGCUCCUCUCCACACUGAUGUCCUUGACUGCCCUGCUGUCUCACAAGCAGCAUUAAGGAAGUUGCCAGUGGGCUGGGCCAUGUAUCCCAGGGCCUGAGCCUCUCAGACAGUUGCCUGCCUGCCUGCCUGCCCUGGGAGCCCCAUGCUGGGGCCCCAAGAACUGAGAAGAGAGAACAGCUAGAGGCAGGAUGUGUGCAGACGACAGCCUUUGACCUCCCAUUCCCACAUUUCUUCGCUUGUAAAACUUCCUAGCAGCAGUUAAAGCUACCUGAGGAGGCAGGGCAGGAGGAUGAGGGCCUGCUUCUGACUUGCCCUGUCCUACCAGCUCCUGGGGGAAGAGUCGGACUCUUCCCAGGAGGGGGUGGGCACCAUUCUCAGCUUGUUCUAUUCCCCACCUAUACCCCCAGGCAGGUUUGGAAAUGAAGGACUUUUUUUUAACCUUUUGUUUUUAAAAAAUAAAUCUGUAAAA